AUGACAAGCCUUUCGAGCUUUAGCUGCCCUCUCUCUUGCGUCAACCCCGGGGAGAGCAAUACUGAACCCAGCGUGGUGCUGCCACCUUUGGCAGGAGAGCACAUGGGACACCCCACUGGCAGUUCCUUAAAACUCUGCCCCUCGCACAAUUUGCGAGACUACCCCGAGCCGAGGUCCAGUGCAUAUGCUGACCAUUCAGUUCCCACUUUUCCAGACUCUGGAUACCCCAGCCACCGCUUAGAGCACAGCCCCAGGGGCAUUAUCUUCGGAGCCAAUCUCUCUGGAGCCGGCAUGCCACCCGUCACUGAUCAACUGGCAUCAAGAGCCAACCAACAUGGCGGGAUUGGAAGGUACCGUGACUUUAGGGACAACAGGAGCCAUGCGUUUUUCACAAGCUACCAGGAGCAGGCCCACCCCUCCUCCGACGCGUCCCGAGACCUCGGGAGCCAAAUGAUGCUGAGUCUACCUGGCGACCUCCUCACCCGGACUCACUCCUAUGGCCAAAGCAUCAGCCCCAAGGGGAGCAGCCAGCAGCUCGUCUCCCAGUUCCUGGGGCUCUACAAGCCCCUGAACAUGAUCCAGCGCGGGGGAGCCGACGCGUUCCUCAGGUGCGCCAAGCAGGUGAAGCACGAGCUGGUGUGCAAGUGGAGUGAGGGGCCAGGGAAGGUGUCGUGCUCCAGAGCCUUCGGGACCAUGUACGAGCUGGUCACGCAUGUGACGGUGGAGCACGUCGGCGGACCGGAGCACUCCGAGUACGUGUGCCACUGGGAGAGCUGCGCGCGGGACAGGAAGCCUUUCAAAGCCAAAUACAAGCUGGUGAACCACGUCCGCGUGCACACCGGGGAGAAGCCCUUUCCCUGCCCCUUCCACGGCUGCGAGAAAGUUUUUGCACGAUCAGAGAAUCUAAAGAUUCACAAGAGGACUCACACAGGUGAAAAACCUUUUAAGUGCGAGUUCGAGGGCUGCAACCGGAGGUUCGCCAACAGCAGCGACAGGAAGAAGCAUUCCCACGUGCACUCCAGUGAUAAACCCUACAUGUGCAAGGUCAGAGGCUGCGACAAGUGCUACACCCACCCGAGCUCCCUGCGAAAGCACAUGAAGCUCCACUGCGCCCCCAACAAGGCGCACGUCUCCAAAGGCGGCGACGCGCGUCCCGGAGACGAGGACCAAGCUGCGGAGGGCAGGUCGACCCAGAUCAGCCCCCCGAACCCUCCCACCUCAGCUCAGGAUGUCCCCAUGUCCCCUGAGAGUCGAGACGAGUUGACCCCCAGGUCACGCUUCCAUCACACGUUUGACAGCAUGGACUACCCGGCGCACAGGGCGCAGCCCCUCUUAGACCCUUUGUUGCUGCAGAGGGGCAGCUACAGGUCCCAGUCCUCCCAGUACCCCUGCAGCCAGACGGGUCACGCUUUCCACCAGACCUCGCGGACUUUCUCCUCCGCCUCUCCCUUUCAGAAAAGCAUCGUGAACGGAUGGUACACGUGCCACAGCGGCGUGGACUCGUUCCCACCAAAGCAGUGCAGCAACAUCCCCUCUCUCUGAGACCCUGGUGGGACACACCCCAGCUGCAGACCCC